AUGAAUCUGUCAAAUGAACUUCUCUGGGGCCCGUCGUUGAUUCGUUCGGUUCAUCGGUUCUGUAACUGGGCGAUGACGAACUAUUAUGUGCGGUAUAAUUACGACCACGCGCUAUUUCUCUCUCGCAAUAUUGUUCAAGCUGCCGGUAUUUCUCCUUUGAGUCAAAUGUGCCAAAUGCAGUACUCGUGUACGCUGGCCGAGGACAGCGGAUUCUUCUCCGCCUACCCGAUUGCUCAUGAAAUGAUGCACAGUCUCGGAGUGGAACACGAUGGUGAGGGAAACGGUUGCGAUGCUUCCGGUGUGACAGGGAAUAUCAUGGCUCCACUGAUUCUGUCCGCAAGUCACAAUCAUCAUUGGAGCGACUGCACUCGACUGGUGCUCAAAGCCGGCCUGAGGAUUUUACAUGUUCCAUUUUUGGCCUGUUCCAGUUCGCACAAAUUUGAUUGCUUGCAAGAUUAUCCUGUCGAAGAGGAUCGAUUUGCACUGCGAGAGGCAUUCGGAAAGCAUUGGAAUCUGGACCAACAAUGUCACGUACUUUCCGGUUCCAAUACCAGUCGUCACUGUCCCGGGGUUGAAGAACAUGCUUGUCAAGAACUGUGGUGUUCUGUUACCGGUUCCGUGGACCAGUGUGACCGAAUGCUCAAUCAUGGACUGCUGGACGGGACUGAAUGUGGCCAGGGAAAGAUGCGAAUGGAUGGAGUCCGUUCACCGAGUGGACAGUUUGUUCCCGUACUUGUGGAAUCGGGACGCAAUAUCGCGUACGCACUUGUCUCGCCCGGUAAGCAACGUUUGCCUGUUAGUACUGAGUAUUUUAUCGGAGUAUGA